CUCACACUGAGUAAGUAUUGAAGCUUACUCCAGGUAAAUAUCUGGAAUUCUCAUUUAUAAAACCUUUUUUCCAUCAGCAUUGAAUUUUAAACCUCUUGAGUUUUGUGAUCCGCGUCCAUCUAUAGCGAGUAGAAUUCAGAAAGCCAGGAAAACCGAUUACGAUUACCACCAUGAAAUUGCUUUUCCUACCGUCGCCUGCAAGUACUCCUCAAUCGACCUACCUUCUAGGCCUGCGCGGCUUUCUCAUAACGCAGACUUUUCUAUGGACAUUCCUACAAACAUUUGUUCCUGCUACGGUCAAGAGUAACAUCGUUACAUUCCCUCCAGAUACGCCGACCUAUCAAAACUUCAUUCGCAAGAUUCUCUCUCCAAUUUUCUGGAAUGAAUCGCUCAUAUAUUCGUCAUUUAUUUUCUUAUCUGCAAGAACACUUUGUAUAUCCUUCAUUAGCUCUCCGACAAAACAAACCAUCACAUCUUCCAUAUUCCGACGAUCGUUCCGCCUUAUAAUUCCAACUAUCUUCUCCCUUUCGCUUAUCACUCUGCUUUCGCACAUAACAUCUACCGAUCAUUUUACCACACUAUUCAUAACCCGCACCGCGAACGCGAGUAUCCAAACUCCUUCUGCUCUUUCCUCACCUGUUCCCCUCACCCUCUUCAACUCCAUCUUCACUCUCUUUCUCUCCACUUCCCACACACCUCUACACAAGCUAUCCGCCGUCCGCGCUUUCCCUUCCGCAACCUUAUCAAUCCUUCCAAUCCUUUACUCACAAUCCUACACCCUCUACAUCACCACCCUCAUAAUUCCUUACACCCGACCGCUCUGGCGUCUCAAAUACUCCCCCCUCUUCCUCUUCACCGCCUACUGGGUAUCCUCCUACUCAUUCAUAUCUAUCAGCGGCCUCCUCCUCACCGAUUUCUUCCUUCUCCCUAAUUCUCCCCUACUCCUUCAUUCCAAAACCGGCUUUCCAUUACCAAAACAACUCACGAAGAAACGAGUACCGUCUUGGAUGCCCUACACCCUUAUCCUUUUAAUUGGAAUAGGUCUCCAAUAUUUCUACAUCACUUCUAAUUCCGAGGUCAAAACAGCAAAUGCGGAAUUGAAGGCCCAUACCGAUAUUUAUGGUUCUUCGGGUGGACUAAACACAACUCCAGAUUUGAAGGAACAAACGCCCAGAAUCGCCGAUUGGCUAAUUUUAUGUGGAGGAUUUUUGUUAUUGGAGACGAGGAAGGGAGUGCAAAAUUUAUUUAAGAAUACGGUGAUGAUUGCUCUUGGAAAGAGAAGUUUAAGUAAGUGGUUAUUUUACGAAAUGUUUGUGAGUCGUUGGGCUAUGGCUAAUGGAUUCAUUUUAUUAUAAAGGUUACUUUUUGACGCAGUCGAUUGUGGUAUAUUCGGCUGCUAUUCCCUUGUAUCUCCAUCUUGUCGUGGAUAAAGAUGUUUCGGAUAUAGCGGCUACUUGUAUUUGUUUUGUGAUUUCGGUGUUGGGGACUUUGGUGUGUGGAGAGGUAUUUUAUAGGGGGGUGGAGAUUCCGAGCUUGUGGGCGGGAGUGUGCAGUUGGGGUUGGAUGAGGAAAUGAGGAGAAUAUAUUGUGUUGGUUAACAAGAAUAUGUGUUGGUGGAUGUUGCAUGUAAUGAAGAGAUGUAUGGAAUUGAAUCACGUCUCUUGUUUAUUGCCUUAUAUAG